CCAGCACUCCCACCUCGAGUUCCGAUUGGCUCCGCGUGAGGGGCGGGCCUUUGCGGCAUCUUAGGGGGGCGCCUUCUGCCACGUCACUGGCGGUACAGUUCCUGGAGCUGGGCAGUCUUCUCAGAGUGGAACCUGGUAAUGGCGACCUCUCGGCUAGUUCUUGUGUGUUGCGGGCUGGAAAGGGGUAGCUGAUAAACUCCCACCCAGCACAGUAUUUAUGUCGGUCAAAAAUAGAAAAGAAUGUCCGGGCGCGGCCGGGGUGGGAGGAUCCCUUCAGGCCGAGAGCAGCCUAGCAAUAUGGCGCAACCCCAUCUCUGUAGUCCAACCUCAGCCUCCCACCUACUUGAACACCAACGUUCAAAGCUCCAGUGAGCUAUGAUCCCACCACAGCACUCCUGCCUGCGAGACUGAGAUGAUGAUUAUUCUCCAUCUUCUAAGAGACCAAAGACCAACGAGCCACCAGUUCCAGAACCUGCCAAUGUUGGGCAACAGAAAGUGAGGGAGUUCAACUCUGGUUCAAGCAAUUCUCCUGCCUCAACCUCCCGAGUAGCUGGGACUAGAGACGUGAACUUGUGAGUUCGACACAUGAAGAUUUACAACUUGAUAAACCAGCUUCAGGAGUAAAGGAAGAAUAGUAUGCCAGAAUCACUAAAUUAAAAAAGGUGGUGGAUCAGCUUUUCUGCAAAAAAUUUUGUAACUCCAGUUGGACUCCAUUGUUUCCAAGUCGACUUUCGUCCUCAUCCACAGCUCCUCCACACAAGCCCUGAACACCUGUUCAUUUGAAGCUCUUGGACUCACUGAGGCAGUAAAAGUACCAUCUCCUGUGUUUGAAUCAAACCCCGAGUGCCUGUAUGUAGAAGGCUUGCAGACAGGACUUCCUUUCAAAACCCUCCUGGUUUGGAAUUCCAUGACUUGAAAGGAUCGUCCAUGGGGACCUGAACUAGUUAUUUCCUACUUGCCUCCUGGAAUGGCUAAUAAACACUAAAGCUUCGCAGUUUCUGAAAAGAUCAUGAAGCUUUGAGAGUAAUGAAAAGCUUCCUGACAUUGAGGUCACUGUGGAAGAACCACCUAAGCUGAAGAUGCCUUUGAGAACAAGGGCAAGCCUGUGAUUUCAUGGCCUUUCUUCCAUUUGUGGUUCUUGCCAAGUGGAAUUUAAGUGACCUCUUAUCAAGAUGGAUAAACCCAAGUUUCCCAGUGCCAGAAUACAGAAAAUGGAUGGACAACUGAAUCUACCGUGAAAGACUUCAGAGACCAGGAAGAGAGACUGACUGGGCAACAUCUUAUUCAGCUGGAUCUACCAUGAAAGACUUCAGAAUCCAGGAAGAGAGACUGACUGGGCAACAUGUUAUUCAGGGUCUUGCCAUUGUCCAGGCUGGAGUGUAGUGGCACCAUCACAGCUGACCGUUACCUCAACCUCGCAGGCUCAAGUGAUCCUCCCACCUCAGCCUCCCAAGUGGCUGAGACUAUAGAUGCUUGCUACUAUGCCCAACUAAUAUUUGGACUUUUCCUAUAUGUGGGUUCCAGAGGGCUGAAUGUGAAACCUGAGGCACAUGCCUUGGGAGCUAAGUGGUUACUGUACUUGACCGCUAUGAAGACUGUUGUGGGAACGGUCCUUUUGGAUGUACAUCAGCAGGGGUCCCCAACACCUGAGCCAUGGAGCUAUAAGGAGCCACACAGCAGGAGCUCAGAUGGGACCACCUUGUUGCAGGAAAACAACCUUAACAUGCCCACUAAUUCUACAUUAUGCUCCUGCCUCCUGGCAGCCUCUCCAGGUCCAGAACUUUGUCCAGUCGGCCUCUACAGGUCAAGCUCAUGGCUCACAAUGGCCUAUUUAGGCCCAUACCCUACCUCAUGGCAGCUUCCACAGGCCCAGCUCCAUCAUUACAAUGGCCUCUUUAGGCCCAGCUCCUGCCUCCCAGCCUUCUCUCCAGGCCCAGAACUUUCUCAAGUCAACCUCACCAGGCCCAGCUCCUGCCUCUCAUCAGCCUCCCAAGGGCCAGCUUUUGCCUCACAGCCACCUUCCAAGACUCAGCUCCUGUUUUACAGUGGCCUUUUGAGACCUACCUUCUGUCUCCUGGCGGCCUGUACAGGCCCAGCUCCUGCCUCUGGGCAGCCUAUACAGUCCCAAAAUGUUCACAAGUCAGCCCCUCAAGGCCCAGCUCCUGCCUUCCAUCAGCCUCUCCAGGCCCAGCUGCUGCCUCCAGGUGGCCUCUACAGGCCAAACACUUUCUCCUGGCUGUGUCUGGAGGCCCAACUCCUGCCUCACAACAACUUCUUUUGGCUCAGCUCCUGCCCAGCUCCUGGUGGCCUUUGUAGGCCCAAAACUGCCUCAAGUCAAGUUCUCCAGACCCACCUUCUGCCUCCCAACGGCCUGGACAGGCCCAGCUCCUGUGUGACAAUGGCCUCUCCAGGCCCAGAUCUUGCCUCCCAGCGGACUCUCUAGGCCCAGCUUUUGCCUCACAGAGGUCUUCCCCAAACAAGUUUCUACCUGCCUCCCGGCAGCCUCUACAGGCCCAGGUCCUGCCUCACACUAACCUCAUUAUGCCCAGCUCAUGUCUCAUGGCAGCAUCCUUAGGCCCAGCUCCUGCGCCCAACAGGUUGUCCAGGCCCAAAACUUCCUCAAGUCCCCUCUUCAGGCAUAGCUCCUGCCUAACACUGGCCUCCUUAGGCACAGCUCUUGCUUCUCAGUGGCCUCGCCAGGCCCAGCACCUGCAUCCCGGUGGCUUCUCCAGACCAAGAAUUUUCUCAAGUCUGCCAUUCCAGCCCAAACUGCUGCAUCCCAUUGGCCUCUACAGGUCCAACCUCUGCCUCACAGCAGACUCUCCAGGUCCAGCAUCUGCCUCACCACAGCCCCCAAGGCCAAGCUCCUGCCUUUCAGCAGCCUCUACAGGCCUAGCUCCUGCCUCCCAGUGGCCUCUCUGGGCCAAGCUCAUGCCUUACGGUGGCCAUUCCAGCCCAGCUUUUGCCUUUUGGCAGCCUCUCUAGGCCCAGAACUUCCACAAGUGAGCCUCUCCAGGCCCAGCUCUUCCUCCCGGCUGGAUCUCCAGGCCCACCUCCUGCCUCACAACUUCUUUCGGCUCAGCUCCUGCCCGGCUCCUGGAGGUCUUUGUAGGCCCAAAACUUCCUCACAUCAAGCUCACCCGCACAAACUUCUGCCUCCUGGUGGCCUGGAUAGGCCCAGCUCCUGCGUGACAAUGGCCUCUCCAGGCCCAGCUCUUGCUUCACGGAGGUCGUCCCCCGGCCAAGUUCCUGCCUGCAUCCCAGCAGCCUCAACAGGCCAAGCUCCUGCCUCACACUGGCAUCAUUAGGCCCAGUUCAUGCCUCACAGUGGCCUCUCCAGGCUGAUCUCUUGUCUCACACUGGCCUCUUUAAGCCCAGCUCAUGCCUCUUGGCAGCCUCUCCAGGCCCAGCUCCUGCCUCCUGUCAGCCUCUACAGGCCCAACAUCUGCCUCACAGCAGAUUCUCCAGGCCCAGCAUCUGCCUCACCGUGGCCCCCCCCAAGCCAAGCCCCUACCUUUCAGCAGCCUCUACACACGCAGCUCCAGCCACCCAAUGACUCUUCAGGCCAAGCUCAUACCUCACGAGAGUUUUUCCAGGCCCAACUUUUGUCUCAUGGCAACCUUCCCUGGCCAGGCUUCCACCUAUUUCCAGGCCCAGGUCCUGCCACACACUGGCCUCUCUACACCCAGCUCAUGCCUCACAGUGGCCUCUCCAGGCCCAGCCCCUGUCCCGGGACAUCAUCUACAGGUCCAAAACUUCCUCAAGUCAGCCUCUCCAGGCCCAGUUGCUGCCUCCCGGCAUCCUCUCCAGGCCUAGCUCUUCCUCCUGGCUGUGUCUACAAGCCCAACUCCUGCCUCACAACAACCUUUUAUGGCUCAGCUCCUGCCCAGCUCCUGCCAGCCUUUGUAGGCCCAAAACUUCCUCAAGUCAAGCUCUUUAGGCCCACCUUCUGCCUCGCGGUGGCCUGUACAGACCCAACUCUGGCUUGAGAACAGCCUCUGCAGGCCCCACUCUUGCCUCUUAGCACCCGCUCCAGGCCUAACUCUUGCCUCAUAGUGGCUUCCGUGGGCCAAAUUUCCGCCUGCCUCCCAGCAGCCUCAACAGGCCUAGCUCCUCCCUCACAGAGGCUUGUUUAUGCCCAAUGGAUGCCUCUGGCAACCUAUCCAGGCCCAGCUCCUGCCUCAUACUGGCCUCUCUAGGUCAAGGUCCUUUCUCAUACUGGCCUGUUUAGGCCCAGCUCAUUCCUCUCGUCAUCUCUCCAGGCCCAGCUUUUGCCUGUUGUUGGCCUCUACCUCACAGUGCACCUUCCAGGCCCACCUCUUGCCUCACCGUGGCCUCCUCCAGCCAGAUUCCUGCCUUUUCGCAGCCUCUACAGGCCUAACUGCUGCCUCCCAAUGGCCUUUGUCAGGCUACGCUUAUGCCUCACGGUGGCCUUUCCAGGCCUAGCUUUUGCUUUUUGGCAUCCACUCCAGGCCCAAAACUUCCCCCAGUCAGCCUCUCCAGGCCCGGCUCUUCCUCCCAGCAACCUCUGCAGGCCGAAAUCGUCCUCAAGUUGGCCUCUUCUGGCCCAGCUCCUGCCUCCUAGCGGCCUCUGAAGACCCAAAUCAUCCUCCAGUCAGUUUUUCCAGGCCCAGCUCCUGCCUUUUGGUGGCCUCUCCAGGUGCAAAACUUUCUCCUGUCAGGCUGUCCAGGCCCAGCUCAUGCCUCUUGGUGGCCUUCCCAGGCCACCAAGAGACUUUUGGUGGCCUCUUCAGGCCCAGAACUUGACCUCAAGUCAGCCUCUCCAGGCCCAGCUCCUGCCUUCUGAAGGCCUGUACAGGCCCAACCUCUGCCUCACAGUGGACUCUCCACGCCCAGCUCUUGCCUCACUGUAGCCUCCCUAGUCCAAAAACUCCUGCCUUUUGGCAGCUUCGACAAGUCCAGCUUCUGCCUUUCAAUGGCCUCUUUGGGCCCAGCUCAUUCCUUACAACGGCCUCUCCAGGCUCAGUUUUUCCCUUUUGGCGGCUUCUCCAGGCCCAGAACUUCCUCUUUAGGCCCAGUUGCUACCUCCUGCCAUCCUCUCCAGGCCCAGCUCUUCCUCACGGCUGUGUCUAUAGGCCCAACUCCUGCCUCACAACAACGUCUUUGGACUCAGCUACUGCCCAGCUCCUGGUGGCCUUUGUAGGCCCAAAACUUUCUCAAGUCAAGCUCUCCAGACCUAUUGUCAGCCUCGUGGCAGCCUGAACAGGCCCAGCUCCUGCCUGACAAUGGCCUCUCCACGCUUUACUCCUGCCUCACAGUGGGCUUUCCAGGCCUAGCUCUUGCCUCAUGCUGGCCUUCCCCGGCCAUGUUCCUAUCUGACUUCCGGCAGCCUCAACUGGCCCAGCUUCUGCCUUGCAUUGGCCUCUCUAGGCCCAGCUCUCUUCUCACGGUGGCCUCACCAGGCCCAUCUCCUGCCUCAAAUCUACCUCCCAAGACCCAGCUCCUGUCUCAUGGUAGUCUCUCUUACACCAGCUCCUGCUUCACAAUGGCCUUGUCUGGCCUAUCUUCUGCCUCACAGUGGCCACUCAAGGCCCAUCUUCUGCCUCAUGGUGGCCUCUUCUGGUUUUGCUCUUGCCUCACAGUUGCCUCUUCCAGAUCCAGCUUUAAGUCUUUGAUGGUCAACAGCAUCAAGGAGCUUAAAGCUUCCCUAGACUCUCAUUUGUUCACAGCAGAGUGCCUUAGCAAAAGCCGUCUCUUCUUUUAACCUUGAGAGUGGAUUUCUGACAAAUCAAUAGUAAAUUCUGCCUAUGUGGUUUCA